AUGGGAAACUGUAGAGCCAAAGGCACGGUAGGGACCUCACCAAUGGUGACAAGAGCCCAAAGAAGAGCGCAAGCAGCUGCCAAUCGGGCCAAUGCCGGACCACCUCCACAAGCCAAUCCGGCUCCAGCUGCUCCCGCUAACGCGAAUCAUCAACGAGUCGUCCGAGUUGCUCCAGUUAACCAGGCUCGUCAACAAGCCAACCAGGAUCGAGCAGGAGUUUAUGGUCCGCAAGGGAAUCAGGCUCGUCGUUCUCCAGUUCAAGGAGACUAUGGACCUAGUCCUCGACAGAGCCCGAAUGCUCAUCGUGAUCAUCUUCCAAGAAGAGUAAACCGUCCAACUCCCCAGCCAAGGAGCACCAGCCAAGGACAAGGAGGAGGACAAAAUAUGCCGAAUGUUGAAUGA